GGGGUCGCUAGUAUCGUAAAAUAUUGCUGAUGGCUCAAUCCUUUUUUGACGCGCUUACUGGUAGCAGUGUUACCGUUGACAACCAGACAGCUGUUGCAGUACAAUCACUUCUCGAUUCACAGACUGUUGGAGAAAGUCAAGUCGCAGAAGAAGAUGACUUGUUCCAGUGUGGGAAGUGUAAGAAGCAGUUCACGUACCUGUCGGCGUUCGUCAGUCACAAACAGACUCGCUGUACGCCUACGAUACCCGUCGUCCUGCGCUCCGUUGCCCCCGGCAACAUCUCAAACGCGAGUGGAACAUUCACCAGCACUGUCCCGGUUCAAAGACCUCUUGCGCAGCAGUCUCAAGCAUCAUUGGCAGCUCCUACCUACGGGACAUUACCUACCUCACCUUUAUCUCAACUUCCACAGAACAUGGUCCUCACAGAUGACCUCAUGACCUUCAACAUUGACCCGGGGCUGCAGGCCCCCACAAUCCAGAUGGUGACUGCACCAUUUACCAAUGUUAGUCGAGGCAGUAAUGUUACGAUUUUGAGCCCAGUAAACUCAACGCCAAGUUUCUCAACAAACGGCUCAACACUUACCAAUACCGUGGUUUCCACGACGAUACCGAUAACUAUGACACCACAAGUUACCAUAACAACCAUUCCCGACUGCAAAACCCAGAGCAUUGUGAAACCUAGUCCAACAAAAGCAGGUAGGAAAUCAGCCCAGUCUAACGUGAUAGCCGUGUUUGCCGAGAACCAGUCCGUCACUAAGAUCCUGUGUAGAAAACGUGCGGAUACGAAUGAGGACGAAGCAUCAUCAAAGAGAAAACUUCGCUGUCAGUAUUGUGACAAGGCGUUCUCGAAAAACUUCGACCUCCAGCAGCAUAUCCGAGCCCACACCGGGGAAAAACCAUUUCAGUGUAUCGUGUGUGGCCGCGCCUUCGCUCAGAAAUCCAACGUCAAGAAACACAUGUCUACGCAUAAGGUGUGGCCAGUUGGUUCUGGAGGCACGCUACCGAAACAGCCACUGUCGGAGAAAUACAUCUCUGAAGAUGAGACGUCGAUGGACAGUAGCGGUCAGCAACAGAUUCAGCAGGAUGUGGCUGACAUAAAUUCAGAAACACAGGAUAAGAACUUGUCCCUCGGUUCAUCGGACUCGAACUUUAAAGUGUUUAUCGACAAUUCGUACAUCUGUCAGUAUUGUCCUUCCAAAUUCCACUCGUACUUUCAACUCAAGUCACACAUGGUUCAACAUAAACAUGAACAGGUGUACCGGUGUGUGAUGAAGAACUGCUCGUCCACGUUCCAGGAUCUCGACUCAUUUCUCGAGCACAUCAAGCAGCACGAGACGGACAUGAGCUAUCGGUGUCACAUGUGUAACAAGUACUUCCCAUCGCUGUUCGAGCUUGGAGUCCACCAGUACACACACAGUCUGUACCCUAACCAAGGACCCAAGCCUGGACCAAGACACUUCCAGUGUACGAAGUGCAUGAACAAGUACUCGAGCCCGGAGGCCCUGGAGCACCACAUGGCGACUACGACCCACAACUACGCGUGUCCACACUGUGACAAAGUGUUCAUGUGUGAGAGAUAUCUCCGCCGACACCUACCAACGCACGGGACAGAAGGCCAGUUUGAGUGCUACACAUGUUUGAAGAAAUUCAAGACAGAGCACUACCUCAAGAUGCACAUGUUGAUACACACUGGGGAGAAACCGUUUCCCUGCGAACUCUGCGCUGCCAGCUUCAACCGCAAAGACAAACUCAAGAGACACAUGCUCAUCCACGAGUCUACCAAGAAGUACAAGUGUCCUUUCAAGUCACUCACAGGUUGUUCUAAGGCAUUCAACCGGCCUGACAAGCUGAAGGCGCACAUCCUGACUCACAGUGGUGUGAAACCAUUCAAGUGUCUCGACUGUGGGAAAGGCUUUAGUCGGAGACCGCACCUGAUAGAACACGAGCGAGGACACCGAGCGGACUACAAGUUCCGCUGUGACAAGUGCGGAAAGGGAUUCUUCCGACCGAAGCUGUUCAACGAACACAAGUGUCGACCCAACGACGGGAGCGAGCCGCAGGUGUUCCGUCCACGCUGCCGGAGAAAGCUGGGCCGACCGCGCAAAAAACUGAUCACGAUUACGCGCGAGAUUAUCAAAGAAGCGAACUCCCGCGUCCAGAGUGCCAGGCUGCGUAAUCGGGUCAAGCAGAAGGCCGCUCUCGAAGAAGCAGCAGCUGAAGAUUCCGUUGGCGAAGGAGUCAUCAAUUCGGACGUAAUAGAACUGGACAACAUGCCGCGGCAGACCGUAGAUCUGUCUGGUGGCUGCACCAAGAUAGAGAACCUGAGACUCUACCCCGUGGUGUCAGACGUGGGAUCGGAUCAUCACCAGAAGGUUGCGAUGGGCCGGGAGCACGAGCUCCACCUGAAAGAGACGGGCGAUCCAUCCGACGCCGUGGCGGCUGUGGAUCACUACAUCGUCCACCUGCAGGACCCGGCAGAUGGCUCGGGCCCCGUCAUGCAGACGACCUUCAUCCCAGCCAUGUCCGGAGCUCAGCUCAUGUCCGGCGCCAUUGGAAACAGCAUGCACAUCUCGGCAGCACAGAUGUUGGCCGGGGCGGCCGAUGGGACAAUGCAGCCCAUCGCCAUCAUCGAGGCCCAGCCGCUGCAGAUCACGGUCACCGGGGCCGACCCCAACAUGCAGGAUGCGUCGUCGUCGUCAAUGCCCAUAGUGUCGAUGACGGGAGCCGAUUCGGUCGUCACUACACAGGUGGUGGUGGCUUCUAACAGCAACGGGGAGCACACAUUUGUCACGUGUCCUGCUCAUCUCGUGGAUUAUGGAAACAGUGAGAGUGACCCUGUGUUGGAGGGGACAGAAAAUCUGCUCAAGGCAUCAGAAGAAAUAUUACAUGCCUCGUCACAAGAUGAAUAGUGUGAUUUCUGUAGUUGUGAAGGAAGCGGACUUUCAGUUCUGGCAUCAUGAGAAUUAUCAGUUCUUGGAGGAAUACAAAAUCGGCUCAUCCAUCGAAAGAAAUAUUGCAUGCCUCGUCACAAGACGAAUAAAAAAUGCGAACUUUCUUGAUUUGCCUGGUUGGUUCUGGCAUCUUGAGAAUUAUCAUCAGUUCUUGAAGGAACACAAAAUCUGCUCAAAGCUUCAGAAAGAAAUAUUACAUGCCUCGUCACAAGAUGAAUUGUGUGAUUUCUGUAGUUGUGAAGGAAAGUGGACUUUGAUGAUUUGUUUGGUCGGUUCCGGCGUCAUUCUUGAAGGAAGAGAAAAUCUGCUCAAAACUUCAGAAGAAAUAUUACAUGACUCUUCACAGGACAAAUAGGGAAAUGUCUGGGUUUUUUAAGGAAAGCAGACUUUGAUAAUUUGCCUGGUCGGUUCUGGCAUCAUGAAAAUUAUCAGUUCUUGAGGGAACAGAAAAUCUGCUCGAACCAUCGGACGAAAUAUUACAUGCUUCGACACAAGGUGAAGUAUGGUUCAUGUCGGGAGACCAUACCUCCAGGAUUAGCCCAGUGGAUUCUGGUGUGCUGAGAAUAAUCAGUUCUUGACGGAACAGAAAAUAUUACGAUGAUCUCAAUUGUUUGGUGGAUUAUGAAAUUACUGAGAAUGUUCUCGUUUUUGAGGGAACAAAAAUCUGUUUACAGUGUUGGAAGAAAAUAUUGCAAUCUCAUUUGUUCUGGUUGAUUAUGAAUUGCGAUAGCAUCAUCAAUUCUUGAAGGAACAGAAAAUCUCUAGAAAACAGUAGGGAACAUGAAGUGCUUAAAAGACAGGAGAAAAAACUUGUAUGGAAUUGUUACAGUUAAAAGAUCUAAUUAAAAGCAUUAUUGCCAA